AUUUGCACAUCCAAUUCCAAACCAAAAAUACUUCAAUCUCCCUUUCCACCUCUUUUAAGAAAUAAGAUGGCUAACUUUGCACUACUUCUCUCGAUUCUUUGUUUUAGUUUGUUGAUUUGCUUCCAGGCCAAUGCCCAGCCUACCAGUGGGUUUACCGAUGUUGCCCUAUCUCAAUCAAAUUUCCAGUUGCAAAAGCCUUAUGAUUUGUCCCCAAGCGACCGAUACAGUUUCAACAAUGGCGUCCACAGAUUUUGGGUGUAUUCCACAGACAAGCCUCAUACCCCUAGUAGCAAUACUAGACCACGCUCUGAAAUCCGAAUUAGAGGCUAUGAUUACUCCUCCGGUGUUUGGCAAUUCGAGGGAGAGGCAUAUAUCCCAAGUGGAACAACUGCAACGUCGGUGAUGCAAGUAUUUGGUGGUUCUUUUCGUGCUACUACCAUAAUGCUCCGAGUCUACCAAGGCUCGCUCACGGUUUACAGGUCUCCGGUGCUGCUGUCAAACAUGUACAACAGAUGGUUCAAAGUGAAUGUAAUCCAUGACGUGGGUGCAUCCAAUGUGAAGGUUUACAUUGAUGGCGUUCUAAGAUAUGAAGGGGCCGGUGCCGGAGGAAGCAACCAUUACUUCAAAUUUGGAGUUUAUGCAGAAGACGGUGCCUCCAAUUACAUGGAGUCUCGUUGGAGGAGAAUCAGGGUUCUGAGGAAGAACUAGUGGUUGCCAAAUUCCAUAUAUGACUACAAACAAUAAUACUAAUAAU